CCUGUGGCUCCCUCUCGGCUCGCUGCAACCACCUCCGCCGCCGCGCGCCUCCUCCACCGCCGCGGACUCCGGCAGCUUCUUCGCCAGAGUCCUCCAACUCUCGCUUUUUUUUAAAAAAUCCGCUGCAUAGGAUCACCGGCGUGCCCCACCAUGUCAGACAUGGCCGUGGACACCAGCUCCGAGAUCACCACCAAGGACUUAAAGGAGAAGAAGGAAGUUGUGGAGGAGGCAGAGAAUGGAAGAGAUGCACCUGCGAAUGGGAACGCUAAUGAGGAAAAUGGGGAGCAGGAGGCUGAUAAUGAGGUAGAUGAAGAAGAGGAAGAAGGAGGGGAGGAGGAGGAGGAGGAGGAGGAGGAGGAGGAGGAGGAGGAGGAGGAGGAGGAGGAGGAGGAGGAAGAGGAGGAGGAGGAGGGGGAGGAGGAGGAGGAAGAGGAAGGUGAUGGUGAGGAAGAGGAUGGAGAUGAAGAUGAGGCGGCUGAGGCAGCUACAGGCAAACGGGCAGCUGAAGAUGAUGAGGAUGAGGAUGUUGACACCAAGAAGCAGAAGACCGAUGAGGAUGACUAGACAGCAAAAAAAGGAAAAGUUAAAGGCCUCGGUGACCUAUUCACCCUCCACUUUCCGUCUCAGAAUCUAAACGUGGUCACCUUUGAGUAGAGACUCCCGCCCACCUGCCCACCCACCCACCUCAGGCAGCGCCACCUGCAGAUGACACGCACUCUCCACCACCCAACCAAAACCACAACGUGAAUUUGCAACAGGGGAGGAAAAAAGAGCCAAAACUUCCAAGGCCCUGCUCUGCUUUUUUUCUUAAAGGUACUUUAAAAAGGAAAAUUUGUUUGUAUUUUUUAUUUACAUUUUAUAUUUUUGUACAUAUUGUUAGGGGUCAGCCAUUUUUAAUGAUCUUGGGAUGACCAAACCAGCCUUUGGAGCAUUCUCUGUCCUACUUCUGACUUUACUUGUGGUGUGACCAUGUUCAUUAUAAUCUCAAAGGAGAAAAAAAACCUUGUAAAAAAAGCAAAAACAACAACAAAAAAAAAAACAAUCUUAUUCCGAGCAUUCCAGUAACUUUUUGUGUAUGUACUUAGCUGUACUAUAAGUAGUUGGUUUGUAUGAGAUGGUUAAAAAGGCCAAAGAUAAAAAGGUUUCUUUUUUUCCCUUUUUUUGUCUAUGAAAUUGCUGUUUAUUUUUUUUUGGCCUGUUUGAUGUAUGUGUGAAACAAUGUUGUCCACAAUAAACAGGAAUUUUAUUUUGCUGAGUUGUUCUAACAAAAAAAAAAAAAAAAGAA